CAACAGGCUGGGCGUCGACAAGGCGGUGCCCAAGCGCAUUUUGGAGAUCAUGAACGUGCAGGGGCUCACACGGGAGAACGUCGCUUCGCACCUGCAGAAGUACCGGCUGUACCUGAAGCGGCUAAGCGGCGUCAACCCGCAGCCGCACCCAGUGGCGUCCUUCCAAGCCACCGAGGGCAGCCUCUUCGGGGGCACGCUCCAGGUGCAACCAGCUGGCACUCGCACCACCAAACCCCCCCCUAUGAGCCUCGCUGCUGCCUCUGCUGCUGGCUUAACUGGUGCUGGUGCAGGGUUGGGCAAUAUUGGGAUGGGCGGGGGUGGUGCUGCUGCUGCGGCGGCUGCUGCGGCGGCUGCGGCGGCUCUGGUGGCAGGAGGGGGGUUGGAUCCGUCAACCCUUGCCACAAUCGCACAGCUGCAGGCACUGCAGCAGCAGCAGGAGCAGGAGCAGCAGCAGCAGCAGGAAGCAGCCACUUCCCCUGUGGGCGCUCAUUCCCUCGCAAGCCUGUCAGGACUAGCAGCUUCCGGACUGAGCAAUUCUACCAUUGCAGCAGCAGCAGCAGCGGGGCUCCUGGGGGGGCAAGGCUCAGGCGCGGCUGCUGCCGGCACAGGGGCAGCAGUAGGCGCCAGCAGCAGCAGCAACAGUGCCAUGGCUGCUCUAGGAGGAGCCAACGGUCUAGCCCAGGCGCUGGGACUGCAAGGCUUGACUGGGUAUGAAAUAAGUCUGCUGCUGCAGGCGCAGCAGGAGAGUGCAGCGCGGCAACGCCUAGGGGGAGGAGGAGCAGGGGCAGGUGCUUCUGGAGGAGGUUCAGCUGGUGUUGGCGCCCUGGGGUCCGUCGACUCCCUCACUCUACAGGCCCUGGGGGGGAAUCUGGGAGCUUUGGGGGCAGCAGCGGCAGCGGCAGCGGCAGCAGCGGCGGCGGCUAACAUGCAAGAUCUAGCAGCGUUGCGCGCGACCAUGGCGGCUUCGGGGCUGCAGGUUGGGAGUCAAAACGCCGCCGCACUGUUUCAAUUGGGAGCAGGGGUGGGAGGGGGAGGAGGGGGAGGAUCAGGGGGGGCUCUAGGUUUGGUUGAUGGUGUGAAUCCUAUGGCAGGGCGUUUAGGGCUGAAUGAGAGUCUCCUGUUUGCGCAGGAGUUGGGAGGGGGAGGUGCAGGUGCAGUGGGGUUGGGAGGGCCGGAGGACUAUUUGUCAGGGGCGAGACAUAGAGGAGGGGGAGGGCAGGGAGGCAACAACGACCUUUCGCUGUUGAAUCAGCUCAUGGGGCAACAGGGGGGGCGCGGCGGGGGGAUCACUCACUAGAGUGAGGGUGGUUUGAGAGGGUGGUUGCGAGCGAUGGGGAUGAGAUUGGGGGGAGGAGAUGAGAGCCACUGAUCUGGGUGGGCUUGGGGUUGGUGGGUGCGGAGCGCAAGGAGGGAUGCAUGUCAAUUCAAUGCACGUGUAUCCAGGCUGAAAUGGCAGGCUAGUAGAGCUCAGAGGUUGAAGAUAUGAAGGAAUGUAGAAAGGGAAGAAUGAAUGAUGGUGCAUGGCUGGUAGGGUGCAAGCAAAAGGAAUACUGCGGUACGUAUCUUUCUUUGUUUGGGUUUUCCACUGUUGAGGCUCUCUAGUCUCUCUAGCCCUAGUUUUUAUCUUCUGCCCAUUGUUGUCCUCCAUUGGGCAAAAUACAGUGCGCUUGCCAGAGUAGGCGAAGUGUAUGUAAUUUUUUGAAAGCGUGUAACGCUUUCAAAUGUG